GAUGAGACUGGCAUGAACGAGGAUUGGCAGAUAUGAGCAGAGUCAGGGGCCGAUGCACCAGCGAGAACGAGCGAGAGAGAGAGAGAGAGAGAGAGAGAGAGAGAGGAAGUGCUGAAUGAUGAUAGAGGAAGUAAAAAAAAGGGCGUGGUCAACCGUCUACACAUCUUCCAUUUUCUCUCCGUUACGAGGCACCGGCGGAUGCAAUCCUGUGUUCAACUCUGAUUGGAUGUGAUAUACAAGUUCAAUAUGAACACUAAGAUUCUGUUACGAAAGGUGACAUUUUUACUGUUUCUUUACCUCAGAGGUUGUGCCACUGAAACACCUGCACCUGUUUCCAACACCCCUGGACACACAGAAAAUGUUUACACAACUGCCACAGAGAUGACAACAGGCAAUCAGAGUCACACCGCACCUGCGACAGACGAAAAUAUCUCCGCCAACUCCACCGUGACCCCUACAGUGAUCAUAAAUGAGACGUCUACAGUCAGUACAAGAACAACGGCCAUGAAGACCAACACAUCCAGAACUUCCAACACCAACUUUAUUGUGUGGGACAAGAGAUGGGAUGAACCGUUUAAUUACAACUACUCCUCUCUCCGGCACGUAGGUUUAGGCAUCGCAGCGAUUCUCUUUGUGAUGGGGAUCUUGGUUCUUGGAUGUGGUAAAGUGAAACGAAUACCACACUGUCGCAUUGGCAAAGGAAGUUCGUACAAAGUGACCAGAAGUUAGCGCUCGAUCUAUCACAGCUCAUCAUCAAUAAAACCAAAGGCAACAGAUGAAAACAGAAGAGCCAGUCAGACCUGUUCUGACAGCAGUUAGGCCUACAUACUUAAAUGUCCCCCUUGUGACAAAACAAGGCCAAGAUGGAGAGAUUGUGUGUGUGAGUGUGUUCAUUAUUUUAAACUGAUCUCUGGGUAUGUCACACAAGGCGCUGGGGAACAUGUUGUUGCUCUCUUGCAGCACUAUACGCCAGCGGUAACGCAGCGGCUGGGACUUCAACAGAUCCCAGUGUAAUCACACAUCUCAGACAUAAAACCCCUUCAUCCCCCUAGCACCAAACGGCUCUGUUUAAACGUCAAACUUUGUUCAACACAGACCUGUACUUGCUUUUAUUAUUAUUUUAAUAUUUUGCAUCUUCACAUGUGUCUUUCGUUUGGAUUUGUAGAAGAGGGUUGUGAAGCUCACAAGCGCCCUCUUGAGGCCAUUUACUGUAUUAUAAACCAGCAACGAAAAAUAAAAGUUUGACUAUAAAAGCACGAGUCUGUUCAGUUGUGCA